AUGCCACAUACAAAUCCGAAGAACAAUGGGACCAUGAAUCCAGGUGGGUUUGGCUUGAGUGGUGUUCCCGACACCGUCAUCAAUGCACUCGUUAAAAAACCCGAGAUCAACAACAUCACUGCCGUUUCGAACAAUGCCGGACUCGAUGGGCGUGGAUUGUCACAGUUGCUAGUCACUGGUCAAAUAACCAAGAUGAUUAGCAGUUAUAUUGGCGGAAACAGAACUUUUGAGAAAUUGUACUUGACCGGUGCCAUAGACUUGGAAUUGACUCCUCAGGGUAACUUGGCAGAACGAGUUCGUGCUGGAGCUGCUGGAAUUCCUGCUUUUUACUCCCCCACGGGUGUUGGCACGUGGUUGGAAGAAGGGAAGUUACCUGUAAGGUACGACUCAACGGGGGAGAAGGUGUUGAAAACAAGCGAGACCCGUGAAGUGAGGGAGUUUAAUGGGAAAAAGUACUUGUUGGAGUUUGCAAUAUGCGGAGAUGUAGCACUUGUCAAAGCAUACAAGGCUGAUACGUUGGGGAAUUGCUGGUUCAAAGGUGCGGCAAGAAAUUUCAAUUCAGUUAUGGGUAGAAACGCAAAGUUAACAAUAGUUGAAGCAGAGCACAUCGUUGAACCGGGAGAAAUUGCACCCGAGGACGUUCACUUACCUGCCAUAUAUGUUGAUCGUGUCAUUCAAUCUACUACACCAAAAGAUAUUGAGAUCUUCACAUAUUCCGAGACUGCGCAAGAUGAAUCGUUGGAGAAACCAAAAACUACUAGUGAAUUGAAGAGAUUAAAGAUCGUCAAGAGGGCAGCACAAGAGUUCAAGGAUGGCUCGUUUGCUAAUUUGGGUAUAGGUAUGCCUACAUUGGCACCAAACUAUUUACCAGAAAACAUCAACGUCACUUUACAAUCAGAGAAUGGUAUCUUGGGUUUGGGACCUUUUCCACAACGAGGACAAGAAGAUCCCGAUUUGAUCAAUGCCGGCAAGGAGACAGUUACACUUGCACCUGGAGCUUCAUUGUUUGGCUCUGAAGAAUCAUUUGGCAUGAUACGCAGUGGUAAAAUUGAUUUAACCAUCUUGGGUGGGUUACAAGUUGCAUCAAAUGGUGACUUGGCCAAUUGGGGCCUACCAGGACGAGUCAAAGGUAUGGGUGGUGCCAUGGAUCUCGUGAGCAACCCACAAAACACUAGAGUUGUGGUCGUUAUGGAGCACGUUGACAAAAAGGGAAGACCCAAGAUUUUAACAGAGUGUCAGUUCCCAUUGACUGGUAAAAAGUGUGUCUCGCGGAUUAUUACUGACUUGGCAGUGUUUGACAUUGUUGAUGAGAAAUUGGUGUUGGUUGAGAUUGAUCCGGAGAGUAGCGUGGAAGAGAUAAAGGCCAAAACUGCUGCAUCAUUUGAAAUUUCGCCAAAUUUGAAAGCUAUAGAGCUUUGA